AUGGCGACCAUCGGGACCUACAAUGAGGAAGGCGUGAACGUGGACCUGUACAUUCCGCGCAAAUGCCACGCGACGAACAGCCUCAUUACCUCGUUCGAUCACUCUGCUGUGCAGAUUGCCAUUGCAAAUGUCGAUCCGAACGGUGUGAUUGAUGGUACGACGACUACGCUUUGCAUCGCUGGUUACCUUCGCUGCCAGGGUGAGUCGGAUCAUGCCAUCAAUCACCUAGCAAUCGCUAAGGGUAUUGUCCGCAUCAAGACUGGCAAGAAACCUCGCGCCAAGAAAACCAAGAACCUGAAGGUUGCCUCAGGUGCCCGCACUCAGCAGAAGGGUGGCCGUAACGCGGCUGGUCAAACUAAGGGUGCUGCCCAGCGUGGAGCUGCACAGAAGCCCACUGGCCGUCCACAGCAGGCACAACGACAGGGAGGGAGGCCCGCCAGAACUGAGGAGGGCAACCGUCAACGCCAGGGUCAACAGAGGCAGAAACCGCAGCAGCAACAACAACAACGGCAGCAGCAGCAGCAGCAGCGCGGCGGUGACAGGAGGGCACCUCAGGGUCGUAGCGGGAAAGCUGCACCUCAACGGAAGUGA